AUGACGACCCGGAAACACAACGAGUUUCUUGAUGCGCCCAGUGACGAGGAUGAGGCGAGCGUCCGCGGCUACGAUUCCGAGGAGAAUGUGGCGGAUUCGAAAGGUCGGGCCGUGAAGAAGCGCCGGACCGAUACACAAGACUUCUUCGGUCUUGGGUCAGACGAGGAUGUAUCCGCAGACGAGGAGGAUGAAGAGGAAUCACGAGCCGAUGUCAAAGGAAAGUCCCGCAGGCAAUCAAAAACGACAAAGCGAGAUGGUGCCUCGGGGGAGGAAGACGAAGAGGAAGAUGAAGAUGACGAGCACGACGAGGAUCAAGAUGGAGGCGCAUAUCUCGAAUCCACACCCGAAGAAAAGAAAAAACCCGCAAAGAUCCUAUCCACAAAGUCACUCAAAAAGCCCAAGAAGGACAAGAGCGGCGUUGUCUACCUCUCGUCACUGCCACCGUACCUCAAACCCUUUGCGCUCAAAAAUAUCAUGGAAAAACGGGGCUUCGGCCCAAUCCGAAAGGUGUUCUUCGCUCCGCUCGUUCCCAGCAACUCCUCGAAGCCGCAACGCAGUAACAAGCGCAAACUUUAUUCGGAGGGUUGGAUUGAAUUUGAAUCAAAGAAGACGGCACGUUUGGCGGCGGAAUCUAUGAAUGCUCGUCCGCUUGGCGGGCCGAAGGGGAUGUACUAUCGCGAUGAUGUUAUUAACAUGCGGUACCUAUCUGGAUUCAAAUGGGCAGAUCUGAUGGAAACCGUCCAACGCGAGAGAUCCGAGAGAGAAAGCAAACAACGCAUGGCGGAUAUCCGAGCCAAGAAAGAAGAGAAGGUCUUCUUGGCCGGUGUCGAGGCAGGACGGCGUCUGGAUGGAAUCACCCAGAAGAACGAGGAGAAGAGGAAGCGCAAGGCCGAAGCAGAGGGCCAGACGGAAGGCGUGGAUUUCGAGCCAAAGAAGCCUGCUCACGUACGGAGACGGUUCGUACAGAAUGAUGUCGUUUCUGCAUCUGAUAAAGAUGAGAAGGCUAUUGGGAAUGAGGCUAAGAGGGUGCUUGGGAAAAUCUUUUAA